AUGGCUCCUAGACUCCCUACUUCGAAGCUCCAUCUGAUCCGUGAUAUGAUAGAAAGCCAGUCCUUUACAACGUCUCAGAUGGCCGAAGAAGCUGAAUGUACCAAGCUUACGAUCAUUAAUAUUCGCAGAAACUUACGCCAAUUUGGAGCCAUCUAUGCCCCUCAAACCCGAAUCGGCCGAAAGCGAACCGUUACACCGCUGAUGAUAAAAGCUCUUUGUGACCACCUUUCUGAGAAGCCUGGUCUCUAUCUCGAUGAGAUGGCUGUCUUCCUGUGGGAUGAGUUUCAAACCAUGAUUACGACUUCCAGCAUUAGAAGAGCCCUUAUAGCGACAGGUUGGUCCAAAAAGGCCGCGCGACAGCGCGCUAAAGAGCAGAAUGCGGAUUUGAGAGACUAUUACCUACACAAUCUGUCCGCGUUUCAGUCGUAUCACCUGGUAUAUGUUGAUGAAUCCGGUUGUGAUAAACGGGUCGGGUUCAGGCGCACCGGUUGGGCACCUCUUGGUAGAGCUCCUUUGCAAGUAACACAGUUUCGACGCGACCAGCGAUAUCAGAUACUGCCUGCGUAUGCUCAGGAUGGGAUAGUUCUCUCACGUGUGUUUCGCGGUACUACAGAUGCCGUCGUUUUCGAAAAUUUCAUAGCUCAGCUGCUCCAUCAUUGCGGCAGAUGGCCAGAACCUAAAUCUGUUCUGGUGAUGGACAAUGCCUCCUUCCAUCAUUCAGAACGGAUUGCACAGAUGUGUGAAGAUGCUGAAGUGAAAUUGCUUUAUCUGCCGCCAUAUUCGCCAGACCUCAAUCCGAUCGAAGAGUAUUUUGCUGAGCUCAAAAGUUUUAUCAGACGUCAUUGGAGUCACUAUGAGAACGACCCCGAGCAAGGUUUUGACGUCUUUCUUGAAUGGUGCAUCAAUAUGGUUGGCGCAAAAGAAGAGAGUGCCCAGGGCCAUUUUCGUCAUGCAGGCUUGGAAAUCGAAAAUUUUGGCGCUUAA